AUGAAUCAAAAGGUGGGGUGUUUCAAUGAGUGUUAUAAACGAGUACAACAAGCACAUCACAGUGGUUGGUCUGAUGAGCAAAUUCUUGAGAAUGCACAUCAAUUGUACAAAUCUGAAAAUAACUACUCAAAUUUUUUGCUUGUGGACUGUUGGAGAUUGCUAAAGGAUGAGCCGAAAUGGAAUACAAUGUACCAACCAAAAUGUGGUAAGAGAACAAAGGUGUCAGAUACAGGGGCAUUUACUUCUUCUUCCAAUGCAGACAUCAGUGAUGAUGAAGUACGUGAAGUGCACCCUACUGGCCAAAAGGCAGCAAAGAGAAAAGGGAAGGAAAAAAAAGACACACAUGCUAGAUUUAUAGAGAUUAGUGAACAGAAAGCAUAUGCAUUGGAGAAAUUGGUGGCGAUAAAGGAGAAAAAUGCAGAAGAUAAUAGGAUGACAAAAUACAUGGAUUAUCUCAUCAUGGACACGUCGCAUAUGACUCCUGAACAAAAGAAAGAUCAUGAAAACGUGUGUACUUAUAUUAAGAAUAAUAUCCUGAAGUUGUAA